CCCGAGCCGAAGCUGUCAGAAGAGUGGUGUGCUUCUGGUGUUUAUUAUUUUACUCAAGCAUUUGACAACCACAUAAUAAUGCUUAAGUUUUUGUAUAGCAGAACGUAAUAUAAAGGUUGUAUUUACGGGAUACCAUACCAUGGCUACUACUGAAAAUGCCGAAUCAGGUUCACCAGAGAGCAAAGUGGAUCGUAAAUCUGCAGACUCUGAUGCAAAGUACCCACUGAAAGUUCUUUACUGUGGAGUUUGCUCCUUGCCAACAGAGUACUGCGAGUACAUGCCUGAGCCAGCCAAAUGCAGGCAGUGGCUAGAAAAGAACUUCCCCGAUGUGUUUGCCAAGAUGAGCGUAGCGGGCAACACUCAGAAGCAGGACACUGGAGAUGGAGAGGCACCACCUGCUGGAGAGGAGGAGGAAAAGAAGAAACAGAAGAGAGGUGGCAGGGGUCAAAUCAAACAGAAAAAGAAGACGGUUCCCCAGAAAGUAACAAUCGCAAAAAUCCCUCGCGCUAAGAAGAAAUACGUGACCCGGGUGUGUGGCCUGGGUACUUUUGACAUCGACCUUAAAGAGGCGCAGAGAUUCUUCGCCCAGAAAUUCUCGUGUGGUGCCUCGGUGACAGCAGAGGACGAAAUCAUCAUUCAGGGAGAUUUUACAGAUGACAUUAUUGAUGUCAUUCAAGAAAAGUGGCCUGAGGUGGACGACGACAGCAUUGAUGACCUUGGAGAGGUGAAAAAGUAAAGAGCGGACCUGCACUUUUACCGAGGAGCGCACCAUAACACAAUGACCCGGCCAAAUGUGCACAAUGCAUUAAAAAGACAGCAUUUUAUAUCUCUUUUAUUUACUGUAUAGAAACUGCGGACUUGGCCACCUCCUUGGCAUUUUUUCAGUUCUGUAAACUGUAGCUGCUUUUCUCUUGGUUGCCAAAGGUCUGAUAUGAUUGUGAAUUCCUCUAAAACACUGCACUAAUGCAAUCACUAGGGUAAUAAAUAGUCCAUUUUGGUCUCCUUUGCUCAUUCACAGUGGAGUCUUUCUUAAAAUAUCCCAUUUGACAUGCUUUAAGGAUACUGCCUGGCUCUAGAAAGACUGAUGACCAGCUCACUAAAGAGAGUGCAGACACCAUGGUUACUAUUACCAUGGACUGUUUCUUUCCAAACAAAUGUAACAGCAAUUUUAAUUGAUUAACAAAAACUGAUUGAUACAUGUGCUGAAUGAUCUAGCACAAAUUUAAAAAGGAUAACAUUUACUGUUAUGUUUUAAAUUUGGUACCAUGCAGCUGGGCCACUCAAAGGAAAUAUGAACUUAGCUUAGAAUUCAGUAAAGAGGUGUGUGAUGAGUCUGUUUAUCUGUUUACAGUAAAGAAAAUGACGCGCAUCAUUUGGAGAACAAAAAGUGUACUCUGAAGUCCGGGAAAUCAUAAUCACAAUGUCUUGUCAAAACUCAUGCUCCAAUAAAAUUGAUUCAGAAC